AGCAAGAGGCAACUGAACUCCAGUGAAACAGACGGUGGUAGAAGAGCAUCAUUCUUGUCUGCAGAAGACUAGAGCCCAGAGGAAGAUGGCCCAGCACCUCCUGUGGAUUUCGCUCCUUUUUCUGCAAACCUGGCUGGAAGCAGCUGGAAAUGAUGCAGCCUUGAUGGUGGUGAAUGGAAUUCUGGGGGAGUCGGCUACUUUUCCCUUAAAUAUUCAAGAAUCACAGCAACUCUCCAGCAUUGCGUGGACUUCUAAAACAUCUGUUGCUUUUAUGACACCAGGAGACCCAGGAACAGCACCCACAGUUGUCACGACCCACAUAAAUUAUUAUGAACGAAUAGAAGUCACAGAUCACAGCUACAAUCUGAUCAUUAAUGAUCUGAGGAUGGAAGAUGCAGGAGUCUACCGAGCAGACAUCAACACAAAGAACUCUCCCUACACCACCACCAAAAGCUACCACCUUCAGGUCUACCGUCGGCUUGAGAAACCAAAAAUCACGCAGAGUUUCAUGACAUCUGCGAAUAGCACCUGUAAUGUCACCCUGACGUGUUCUGUGGAGAAAGAAGAGAAGAAUGUGACAUACAGCUGGAGCCCUCUGGGAGAAGAGGGCAAUGUCCUUCAGAUCUUCCAGACCCCUCAGGACCAAGAGCUGAACUACACGUGCACCGCCUGGAACCCCGUCAGCAACAGUUCCGACUCCAUCUCCGCCCAGCAGCUCUGUGCAGACGCUGCAACCAGCUCCCGUCCUCGCCACGCCGGGAUGCUGAGCGGGCUGGCUGUGCUCUUUCUGCUGGUUCUCAUCCUGCCUUCAGUGUUUCUCCUCCGUCUGUGCAAGAGAAGGCAAGGUGCUGUCUCAAAGAAAACAAUAUACACGAGCAUCACCGUUUCAAGAGACGCUCAACCAGCAGAGGCCAGAAUCUAUGAUGAAAUCCCUCAGUGCAAGGGUACUCCAUUCAAAGAAGAGCCGGUGAACACAGUUUAUUCCACCGUGCAGUACUGCGAGAAGGUGGAGAAAACCAGCACACAGGACAAUAGACCUCCCAGGAGACUUCAGCCUAUGAAAUUGUGAUCUAGCUAGCAGAUGGCAUUCUCCCUGGGAAACUGAGUUGCAGUCACCCAUUGUGGCAAGUGCCCUGGAUCUAGACCUUCUCUGUACAGCUCUUACUGGGAGAUUGCAAAUCACCGCAUCCCAACAUGUAAGCCAAGCAGGAAACCUUCUGUUGCUGAGCAUGGCUGGUACCAACAGACAAAUGGUUACUUGCCCUUUCUGACUGGCUCCCAUUCGGAUGAAUGACAGAGCAGUUCCCCAAUCUCCUUCACAUCAUGGCACGUGCAGAAAAUAAUGUUUUCUUAAGGCACUCUGUGGGUAAACAAUCAAAGUUGCUCCUGCACGUGGCUGGAAGAUUCUCUUUACUAGAGGUAACAGAUCUGUCCAGCAGCUGUGAGAAGAAGGGAAUCAAUAUUUUGCACACCUGUAACAUGCCAUACACACCAGCAAGAAUGCUCUGCUCACACUCUGUGUAUGCAAGGAACACUGGUACACGGUCCUCACCAGUUCCUAAAUCAUCUUGAGCAAAUUAGGAAAAGAUACUCUUUCCUUGGGACAGAGGGAGCCCCUCACUCAAGUGCAUGGCAUGGUACCAGCCCCCACUCGCUCCUUUGCUUGGGGACCUACGUGCAGGGCACAAGCUGUCAGAGUUUUGGGCUGUUAGUCACGAAGAACACGCUCUCCAAAUGGAGUGUUAGAAAUACUCCUUCGGUAGAAACUAGAAUGUUGGAGCAUUAUUCUAUGGGCUCUAUUUCAAAAGUCUUACGGGACUUUCUUUCUGGCCAAGUCUUCCUUCUGUGUCACUCUGAGCAGGGUCAGCAGGAAGAUGACACACCCAGUACCUCUGCUCUCCAACAGAAAUUAAUCAGCUAUGUUUUUUGCUUUUGGUGGAAAUGGGUGUAAACCAGCCAUUCCAACAAGAAACCCUGAAGGAAGCACAGUGGUUAACUAGAGGAAACUUGGGAGUAAUGGUGCAGGUAAUGAAACUGGAUUUCACCCAGUUCCUUAUUCUCAGCUCAGAGGGGCAGGAGGUUCAAGUUGAGGUUGAGAGCCUUGCUCCAGAAUCCCCACAAACACAUGGCCAGCUGGCUAGCCAUAAGGAGGAAUCACGCCCAGCUCAGCUGGACAGUCAUGUGAUCAUAAGAGGAUGGUUUGCCUUUUGUGUUAGCAAACCUAACUGUCUAAAUCUCCUACAGCAAAAAAAAAAAAAAAAAUGAGCCGCAUUUAGGUAGAAUGAGGUUUUCCAUCCCAGUGAAUGAAUCCAUAGAACUUUCUAGCACCGGCUACCAUUCUUAGGGUGGCGAGGCCCAAAGAUGAGCAUGAUGUCUUGCCUUUGGCCCAGCUGAAGAGAGAAAUUCAACACAGACACUACAGUCAAGUCCUGAACUGCAGCUGCAAGCAGUGAAAUGAACUACAACAGUCAGAAGAGCUAGAGGAGGAGGCAAGGCUGAAGCUGGGCCACAGAGAGAGGCAGAGGGAAGGUGGGAAUCAGGCAGAUAUCUGGGUCUGUGGGGUGUAGUUGGGGGUUCACAUAGGCUCACAGUCCCUUGCCUGUGCAAAAUGGAGUACCUCAACCAGAAAGUAUGUCGCUACCCCUGUCCACGUACAUAUCCUCCAAUGCCCACCUCAAAAGGCACCUAUUCUAAAAAGCGUCUCCCGGUAUCAUCAGCUAAAACUAAUCACGGCUCAUUUUAUUCUGACUCAUAGCGUACAUAAUUAUCUGAUCUCCUCACUACAGGAUACACUACUUAAGGAUAAGGCCCAUGUCUUUUAUUCAUUGCUUUAUUUUUCUCUGUAUCCACCACCACCCAACAUAAUGACUUGUACCCUGUGUGCGAGCUGUAAAUGCUGUUGGAGAGAAUUGAAGUGACCAACCUGCUGGAACAGAAAAAGUACAUGUUGGAAGUAGGGACAGAUCAAUGCCAAUAAGCAUAGUGCAUAGGGAGCGGCUCUGGACAAGAGCUAUGUAUGUGGCCAACCAGCCACGGGCUGUGUGUGUGAGCUGUGAGCAUCCUGAGCGCACAAAGCGGACUAGACUGAGAUGCUGCUCUGUGUGCGCUGUGCACGUUUGUGUCCCUUUCGCUUGCUCUGCCUUUGAUCCCCACACAGCACUUGAGAUGGGCGUGGCCUUCCAAGAUGUCAAUCAACCUGCUGACAGCAAGACAUUAGGAGCUAGACUCAACCCCCUGAAACCUGACCCCUUGCCUCAUUUGAAUGGCUUUUCCCCAAUAAAACCAGGUUGGAGUCCUGCUCUUUC